AUGGGACUUUGCCUCGGUAGCAAAAUCAAGUUAUGUGAUACUGACAAUGCUGAAAAGAGAUUUAAGGUAAAUGUUCGUGUUUUGUGUAAAAAAAUAUAUAUUUUCUAGAAUAUUAGUUUCUGUAAACUUGGCAAAGCAGGAUCCAGUCAUCUUGUUUGUGUGUGAUAUUUGCUCCUUCAGUAAUUGUUGAGCUAAAUUAGAUUGAAACUGGUAUUUGCUGAUUCGAACGUAUAUAUUGCUAAUGUGUGUUUUGUAAUCUUGAACCAUUCCAGGCACCACUAUAACUUCAGUUAUGGUGCAAAUAGGUCCAAAAUGAUUAAAUUGCAAACAAAAUAUAACCCCAGACUCUGCACCUGGUCAGUCAGCCCGGCUUCUAUCACCUGCUCUCCAGAGGCUUACCUAGAGCAUUUGGCACCUGGAGCAGAUCUUGUAUUUGGACACAAACCCAGGGAGACACACACUUUUUUAAAAUGUAAUUUAAAAAAAUAAAAAUGUUUUUUAAGAUUAUUUAUUGCAUAAGUUUGUAUACAGCAUACGAGUGUCCCCCGUCAAGGACCGCUCCCCCUCCUGGGUUGGGUGCCUCCUUGCGCGCCCCUGCUCCCCCUCCUGGGUUGGGUGCCUCCUUGCGCGCCCCUGCUCCCCCUCCUGGGUUGGGCGCCUCCUUGCGCGCCCCUGCUCCCCCUCCUGGGUUUUGCGCCUCCUUGCGCGCCCCUGCUCCCCCUCCUGGGUUGGGCGCCUCCUUGCGCGCCCCUGCUCCCCCUCCUGGGUUGGGCGCCUCCUUGCGCGCCCCUGCUCCCCCUCCUGGGUUGGGCGCCUCCUUGCGCGCCCCUGCUCCCCCUCCUGGGUUGGGCGCCUCCUUGCGCGCCCCUGCUCCCCCUCCUGGGUUGGGCGCCUCCUUGCGCGCCGCUGCUCCCCCUCCUGGGUUGGGCGCCUCCUUGCGCGCCGCUGCUCCCCCUCCUGGGUUGGGCGCCUCCUUGCGCGCCCCUGUUCCCCCUCCUGGGUUGGGCGCCUCCUUGCGCGCCGCUGCUCCCCCUCCUGGGUUGGGCGCCUCCUUGCGCGCCGCUGCUCCCCCUCCUGGGUUGGGCGCCUCCUUGCGCGCCCCUGCUCCCCCUCCUGGGUUGGGCGCCUCAUUGCGAGCCCGCUCCCCCCUCCGCGCCUCUCUUUUGCCUCACCCUUCUGGAUGCCUCUCUUUUGCCCGCCUCACCCUCCUGGAUGUCUCUCCCCCUCUUUUCUAUUUAUUUGAAAUUCUUAUUGAGGGAGGGGGGGAGGGGUUACUGCUGGAUAUCUGCCUAUUUUAAGUGUAUAAUAAAUGUACUGUAUAUUUAUGUAAUUUGUAUACCGCCUGUGCCCUUUUAUUACGAUUUUAACUGUGCAAAAAGCACUUUGUUUUGUAGUGAAGUUUUAGAUUCACCCUAUUGAUAUGAAAUAAUGUGUAUGUCUUGAAAAUAAUUGGCACGUUGUCUUAUUUUACAUUGUAACAUUUUUUUCCCCUCUCUUCUUUCUCUCCAGGUGAUAAAUGUGAAUGAUGACGGUAAGAAGAUAUGCCCUGGAGUUAUGGAACUCACAGACACCUCCUUAGAUUUUCAUCUUGAAAAGGGAGGGUUUGUAAAGUGGCCCUUCGUCAGCUUGUUGAAAUACGGAUACGAUUCUAACCUCUUUUCUUUUGUCUGUGGUAAAAGGUGUCAGACUGGAGAAGGUACAUCUGAUUUUGUAUUUUAUUAUUUUUUUUUAUUUUUUUUAGGAAUUAAUCAUGUUGCUUGGUUUCUAAAGUUUUUCAAGCUGAGAUUUAGGUUAGAUGGUGCAUCAUCAGACUGGAUAUAUCACAAAAGGUGGCAUGAUAAUGGCAAUAGUUAAUUUCUAUUGUUUAAGUUGUCUGUUCUUAUGAAUAGGUGAACAAAACAUUCCUGUAAUUACACUUUACCAGUUAGCUGAAGGGAAAAUUAUCUAAUGUUGUUGAACAACUAAACAGUACAUUUGAGGAAAAAAAAAAACAAAAAAAAAACACAACACAGGUUGUAUACUGUAUGCCAGUCUGUCCUUGCACAACCUGACAUAAAUUACCUUGACCUCUAUGAUUCCAUGUUUAAUAGUGCUAUGAGACUAAUUUAAUCCUCCACUUUACAGGAUAUAAACUGUUGGAAACCAAGUUACCCGUAGAUUAUUAUAGCCUGACGUUACCUUUGACCAUUUUAAAAUUAUCUAAGUGACUUAUUUUUCAACAAACAUAUAGAUACAGGACUCCAUGUUUUCACAUGUCCACUAGCCAGUGACCAAUGAAAAUUCAGCCCUCGUUAGUAAAAAAAAAAACCCAGGCUUGCAGUGACAAGUAACUUUUAGGCCUGGUGAGUAGCAAAGGACUUGAAAGUGUGAACCCUAAUGUGAUCUACACAAUCAAUAUGGCAGACAUGCGUUUUAGAAUUUUCGUUUUUCAAAGACUCUACUGAAAGCAUUGCUGCUACAGAAUGCCAUAUAAUGUGAGUAGUUGCCUGGGUCAUGAUGAAUAUGUGGUCUGUUUCAACCAUUGCAAAAAUGAAUACUACCUGCAUAGCAUGUGUACCCAAUGACUCCCAAGGUUUUAAGAACCUCUAGUUUAAUACUGUUGCUCAUGGAGCUUUCUCAGCUUGGUGAGGAUCUUGGUGCGAUUAAUGCCUGGGAUUGUCUAGCUAAAAUAAUACAAAUAAAACCAUAAAAAAAACUCUUAAGAUGAACCCACAACUACUGAAUAAGUAAUAAGCAGCUGGAGAUAAGCAUUGUUUGUGUCAAGGAAGGGCAUGCAUGAUAAAUUGCUUUCAAAGUGACUGUCACUUUCCAGGAUCUCUUUGUAUGUUGCAAAGACCUCCAAUGGCAAUGUGCCUGUCUUGUUUGCAGUGGCAAGGGGACAAUCAUAUGUUCCCUGCCUUUCAAUUUCAUUAGAAAAUCCUCCGUGAAUAGACAUGACAGAGCCUAUACAGCAACAUAAGUAGGCAUUACAAGUUUACUACUGUGUCCUUUGCCCUGUGUAAUGCUCCAGCUGUCUUCCAGGAAUUCAUAAAUGAUUAAGAGAAUUCCUACAGUCAUCAAAUGUAGCUACCCAUAAAGCUCACUUCUGUCAAUUUCACUCGAAUGGACUAUGCUGUAAUCUAAAAAAAAUACAUCAGUCUCUGAUAUCCUUUUUAGAGUAUUUUCUAUCAUUCACUGUUUAAAAAUAUGGAUCCACAGAAAUUCAAAGUGGUCUCGGAAUGGCCUUUGCCACAUGGCUUAUAGUAAUACUCUAACGUUAGGAAUAAAAACAUGGAUACCUAAAGUCAGUGUUGUGUUAUCUUUGUAGAUUUAAGGGACCAACAGAAGUAAUAAAAUUAGAACGACCUACUUCAUAUCCCCAACACAUCCGGUUUGCUGCAACCACCGCUCCUGAUCUGGCAGAGAUCAUCAUUUCUGAUUAUCUGAUUCAAUCCAAUGUGCCCCUCACAUUGAAAUAUUUAUGCUGAAGUGGUUUGUGUGAAGUGUCUUCUUCCUCUUUUUUUUUUUCUUCCUGUCUCACCCCCCUAUAGUCACUAGAACAACUACAGCUUAAUGUAGUUGUUCUGGUAAGUAUAAUAGCUCCCUUCAGGCAUUUUCAUGUAAACACUGCCUUUUCAGAGAAAAGGUAGUGUUUACAUUGCCCCUAGGAACUCCUCCAAGUGGCCACUCAGAUGGCCACUGGAGGUGCUUCCUGGCUCAGUGCUGCACAGUAGGCAGCCCUGCCAUUCAGCGUCCCCACGCUCUGCAUGGAGACGCUGAAUUUUCCUCACAGAUGCAUUGAUUCAAUACAUCUCUAUGAGGAGGUCCUGAUUGGCCCGCCUCUUGCCUAUUUUAGCCAAUCCAGUGCUUUCCCUAUGGCAACGCAUUGGAUUGGCUAAAAAAUGUGCCAUUUUGAUGUCACAAAGGGGGCGGAGCCAGCGCCGGCAGCCCCGUGUGGCGCUGGAAAUAAGGUGCGUUUUAAACUUUUAUUGGGGGGGCUAAGAGGGGGAAAGCCACCUAAAUGGUGGGUUUAGCACUAUAGGGUCAGGAAUACAUGUUUGUGUUCCUGACCAUAUAGUGAUCCUUUAAGUUUUCAUAUAUCAAACAUGAAAGAAAUAUAUGUAACAAUGACAACUGAUACCAUAUCAAGGUGUUUAAACCUUUACAUUGUAUUCAUAUUGAGAAACCACAAACUAUCGCUCUCUGAAUGUUAAUUUAGCAGCUUCGAUCUGUAUCCACCUGGAGGACCACCAGCCAAGGCACCUUUAUGGGUCGUUUUACAGACUUUAAUAGAAAUCUGACUGUUGAUCAUGCAGCUGGUCCUGUCACUUCCUGAACGGUCUAGCUCAGUGGAGCUAAACUCAAGGGCAGGCAAUUGCCCAGAGCAUUUGCCUCGCAAAGAGGAACCUUUACACUAGGGAUCGACCGAUUAUCGUUCUGGCUGACAUUAUCGGCCGAUAUUCGGUAUUUUCGGCAAUAUCGGUAUCUGCCAAUAGAGAUACUAAUAUUGCCGAUAAUACAUACCAGGACCGCUGGGCCCAUGACAAGCCCGGCGGUCCUGGAGGGCCCGCAGCAAGCUCUUACCUUCCAAGUAGCUCCCUGUGUAAACCUCGCGAGACCCGCGGCUGUCAGAGCGUUGCCACGGGUUACCGCAAGAUUAACAUUGGGGAGCUGAAAGGAGCUGCUGGGAAGGUAAGUAAGCGCUUGAUGCAGGCCACCCCUGUACUUUCCAUGCCACUGGACCACCAGGGAAUGCUAUAUCCCCCCUCCCUGGCCAGGUAACAAGCAGGGAGGGAAUUAAAAAGAAAUAAAUUUUUUAAAGCCACCUCCCCCCAAUUUACAUACCUACAGAAACACAUACACACUUUAUUCACUUUACGCACGUUACACGCACCACACUACAUUCACUAUACACACACACCACACAAACACUGCAUUUAUUAUUUAUAUAGUGCCAUCAGAUUCCGUAGCGGUGGACUAACAGACAUGUAAUUGAAACCAGACAACUGGACGUACAGGAACAGAGAGGUGGAGGGCCCUGCUCAAUGAGGUUACAUUCUAGAGGGAGUGGGGUAUAGUGACACAAAGGUACACACUACACAAACACACACAGUUCCCCUGUCUAAACACACUGCAUCCACUACAUGUGGCGUGUAUAUUUUGUGCAUUUACCUUUAGAAAUAGUUUUGUUUUUUUUCAAAAUGGCAAACGUGCAGAAUAUCGGUAAGUUAUCGGCUAUCUGCCUGAAAGUUCAGAUUAUCGGCUCUAAAAAAAUUAAUAUCAGUCGAUCCCUACUUUACUUUACGGUCGAUUCCCUACCCUGUAGCCUACUCUCCCCCUGAAAAAUAUUUUUGGAGCAAUGAAUUACUACAUGUUAAACUGAGAUCUAUUACAGGCAAUCUUGGUGGUUGUGGUUCCUCCUGUAUUAAUUGUAUAAUCACACACUCAGAGACCUGGUUCCUGAAAUUCUAUGCACUUUCCAGACCGUGUUUUCCAUCAGAGACCAUUAAUGAGUAACUUCCCACUAAAGUUCUGGAAGUCAGAAUUUAAGGAAUACUAUAGUGUUGGCAACACAUAUUGAUAUUGGUAAUGCUAUAGUGUCCCUGUCUAGAGCAGAAUUAAGUCCACUCCUUUUGCAUAUAAAGGAUUAAAACCAUAACUUUAUAAAAAAAAUAAAAAAAUAAAAAAAAAUGUUUAAAAUUUUUAUUUUUUUUUAUUUUUUUUAAUACUUGCCUUUUUCCAGCACCAAGACUCCCUUGGCACUGCUUAGUUCUCCUCCCCCGGCAAUGUCAUGGAGGAGUCAAGGCCACUGACGUAUGAGUGCCACGUGCACAUUCAAGCCUACCCAUGCCAUUGCCGAGUAUACGCAUUAGGUUGCUAACGUCGGUGUGGGUGGAGCGGUGGCGGACUCUGCGCCAGCGCCAAGGAACAGCGACGCUGGACUCGGGUAAGUUAUGGAAGGUUUUUAUUUUUUAAGUCCUUUUGCACCACUGGGAGGGAGGCGGGCACUAAAGUGAGCUAUAGUGCCAGGAGAACAACUUUGUUAUUCUGACUCUACAGUUUUCCUUUUUAACACCUUAAGGACACAACUUCUGGAAUAAAAGGGAGUCCUGACGGAAUAUGUCCGUCAUGUGUCCUUAAGGGGUUAAGGUUUUUCUGGCUUCCCACAAAAAAUGCUCCUACCACCUGACUACUUUAAAUUCCUAGUGACUCACACAUCUUCUCUUUUGCCUUUAUUCCCUUAAAGGAUAACUGUAAUCAAAUUCAUGAGCAAACACAUAUAGGAGACAUGUUUAUUUUUACAUUUAUUUUUUUUAUUUUUUACUUAUCUGUAGCUUUAUUAUUUGGUAAAUUAUUUAUUUUUUAUUUACAAACUUUUUUGGCCAACCAAAAUGCAAAUUUUUGUUUACUGUGUAUGCCAGGCUAUGUAGCUUUACCUCCUAGUGGUUUCCAGAACCUCCUUAUUUACUUCCAUUGUAUAUUUCUAUAUCCUGCCCUUACACACAUAUUCAAUAAAAUUGCCUGUCUACAACCCCAUCAACUUUUCCUGUAGAAUCAUUCAAAAAAAGUAGAUCUCAUUAUUUAAUGCAUUGUGGGGGACUGGAAUAUACCUUUUAAAAAAUAAACCAUGGAAUACGAGAGAAUUGUUUUGCCAUAAUAAUGUUUUUCUAUUUGUUAAUAUAGGAAUAUUUGGCUUUAGCUGUAGCCGUGCAGAGGAGUUGUUUCACAUGUUAAAGAGUUCAAUGCAGAAAAACCGGAUAAGCAUAAUCUCUGACACAGACUGGGAAAGUCAUACAUGUAAGCUCUUUGUUGUAAAACUUUUUUUUUUAUAUAAAUUCCUAUAUACACAAACCGAUUUAAGAACUUGUAGUUCUGGAUACCAGUGAUAUCAAGUAUUAAUAAAGUAGCUCUUUUAUUACACAUUGCUUAUUUUAAUUAUUUAGUCACCAAACAGUCUUGUGCUUGACUUGGCACAUUUGUACCAAAUACUCCUUUUAAAGAGUUACUCCAACCACAAUGAUCACUUAUGCUUUUACAAAUGGUCAUCGUAGUAGAAGAAUUUAAACGCUGCACAUACUGAGAUAUUUGUUCUUUUGUGCUGUGGGUUAGUUGCAUCCCUGGCACACAUGACAUGUACAGCAAAGAACUCUUUUCUGGGCUGCCUAAUGUGAAUUAUGUGCAAAAUGUACAUCUGUCAUCCGUAUGCGGACAACUUAUGUGGUCAUCUGCUCCCAGGACGAAUGAAUGGGAAGCUUGCUCCUCACUCCCUUCGAGCAGUCCCUCCUGUCACCCUGCAUUGCCCAUUUUGUGUUUUUUAAAUCCUUUUCCCUUCACCGGCUCCCACAUUUUGCUCAGAAUGUUGCAUGCGCUCUAUGCCAGGAAAAGGUCCAAUCAAAUGCAUUUGAUUGGACCAAAAUAAGGCACCACUGAUUUAUAUAAAAAAAAUAUAUAUUUUCUCUAUAUCAUACAGGAAAAAGGGUUACAGUAACCAUUGAACACUAGUUUUACCCAGGCUACCAUGACUCUCUGGGUAUUUAACUUGCAUUUAAUCUCUUAAGAGUAUUUUCUUACAGUUUAGAAUAAUUAUGGAAGAAAACACAUUGCUUUAUAUAAAAGAGGCAAAUGUUUGCAUGGGGAAGAGUUGUUGUAGGUUAGAGCUUUGUGUGAUGUUUAAUGUGGUUUUUGUUUUUAACAGUGCUUAAAGUGUUAAAACUCCAAUUUAUUCUUUUUUAUAUCUACAUAGAUGAUGAACAUGGUUUACCUUAUAGAUACAAGUCCUGCACAUUUUAUCCAAGCUCUUCACCUGUUAUCCCAGUCUCAAAAAGACCUGAACCUGUUGGGAGUGAGCGCCCACAUGAUUUUGAUGGUAUUUCCACACACCCAUCAGAACAAGUGAGGAUAUUUUCUAUUAAUUUGCUCAAAACCCUGUCUUCCAUAUUGUAAAUUCUUAUUUGUGUCUAUAUAUUCUUUUAGUUUUACACACCUACAUCUUCUAAAGGAGACAGAGGGAGGCACAGGUAUCAUAAAACCCUGGAUCGGAACACCUUGGAUACUGGUAUCAGUCAAACAUCUUCUACCCACAGUUACUAUGAGGUUCCUAUGGAGUAUCCAGAGCCCAGAAACUAUCAAAAACCAUUAUUUGCACUUAAAAACCAAAUGGAAAGAGAAACUGGGCACCUAGAGUGCAUAGACUACGAUGUUGAUGAUCACAAGUUAUCCUCUUGUAUAAGAAGAAUGGGUUAUGAGAAUAUCCGUGCACUUCAUAGUGAGGGGUCAAGAAGUAUCAUUUCGGAUGACAGUAGCUCUGACUCUCAGACUACAAAUUGUGUUUCAACACUGUCUGCAGUAGGCUUGGAGAGCCGGCCAUCAAGUCCUUCAGUGUCUGAAGAAAAGCACAGUUUGGAACUUAGGGUGUCUUCAGCAACUGAAAUAAACAUAUUACGUUCUUCUUAUCUGAACAGACUUUCUUUGGUUCAAAACAGUGAGAACUGCACAGCUACAUAUUUCAACUUUGAUAUGACAUCACAUCCCCAUGAAAUGACAAAGCUAAACUAUAUUGAUGUUGAGAGUAGCUGUGACUCAGACAAUCCACAGACACCUGUAAGCCCUGACCCUUUCUUUCAAGGGGCCACAAGUCUACGAUGCAAACCUUAUGCAGAAUUGGAUUUAGAAAAAACUGUUGCAUUAUCGCGUAUUCAAAAUCAAAGGCCAACUGAUGAUGGCACUAGAAAGACCAGGCACAACUGCAAACAUCUUCCAGCUUGAUUAACCUAACAAGAAUUUCUCACAUAACUAUGCUCUAGUACAGCAUUGCUGAGAUACCAGAUCUUUUCUUUUGUGGGCCUUUUUAAUUUUUUUUUUUAAAUCCCUUCAAGACAUGGGCUAAACUGAGUGCUGGCAGACUGUGAUCAAUUCAUUAUAAAAUUAUAGUAAUCAUGGUGUAAUGUGAACAAGGUAUUAAUCUACCGUAUAGAAGCACCAAUUGUCAGCAUUCUAAUACGAUCAUGUAAGCUUUUGAGGAGUAGUUUUUUUGAUUGCUUAUGUUUACCACGAAGAAAAGGUUGUGUGAAGGGGAUCUAAAUCUAUGACAACUUAUGUAUUUGUAGUUUAAAAACAAGAGAUACAUUCAUUAACUUGGAAAGGACUGAAGUAAGGUUUAUGCUUAUCCAGGAGGAUGACUGUAUAAAUGAAGUAUAAUUUCCUGUUGUUCAAAUGGGUAAAUCAAUAGUGAAAAUGGGUCUUCUUGUUUUUGUUAGUGUAUAUAUUCAUAACCUUGUAUGCAUUUGAUACCUGUUUACCAGUCAUUAAAACGCCAUUAGAAGGCGCAAAAGACUGCAACUGGACAUGCCAGAGAGCCAUUUGUGUUUCCACACUGGUCCACUAUUCUCACUGGUACAACUGGACAUGACCAAGUUGUCAUCAUGGGCAUAUUGAUAUUUCUAGUUCUCUGUGCUCUGGAAAAGGAGAGGAGCAUGCUGGGAAAUUAAAGUUGGGUAUUGUAGUGGAAGGGCCUGUGCUAUCUAGAUCUGUUGGUCUAAUUGCUGAAAUGUGCUAGAGUAACUAUUUAACUAACAGGGAUUUAUUUACUAAAGAGGAUUUCUACUGUAGGGCCAGAGUAGCUGAACUAAAAG